AUGGCGCCUGUGACGCCUUACAACGAAGAAGACAUCGCCGCCAGGCCAACACCCAUCAACCCGCCUACACUCAAGCACAACCCAAAACUCCGACUGCACCUCGAUGCACUUGCCCAUCCCGCCACGACUGCGUUCGUCAAAGUCAUCGACACAGCACAUUUUCUGCCCGAUGCCAUCAACCAUAUCCUACGUCACCUCUACUAUCCACAUGGUGCCGACAAUAUCCCUCAUGUGCGGUCUGUGACGAUUGUGUUGCGUGAGAUGGGCGGUGUCGCCUACACCACCGGCAUCGACCUCGACGACGCCCACAAAGAAAUCCACGUCGCCCUCCCCUACCUCUCCCGCUACCUCCCCAAAGACCGUCCUGAAGACUACCGCGAUGAUCUUCCUGCUCCCACCACGACAACCACCUCCCUCACCAACUUCCACCGCGAAGCCCUCGGUGUCCUAACCCACGAAGCAGUCCACUGCUACCAACACAACCUCUCCGGCACCGCGCCCGGCGGCCUCAUCGAGGGCAUUGCGGACUACGUUCGUCUCAAAGCCGGUCUCGCUCCACCACACUGGACCAAGGGUCACAGCCACAAGACGAGGGGCGAGAAGUGGGAUGAAGGGUAUGCUAAGACGGCGUGGUUCUUGGAAUGGCUUGAGGAGGAUGGGGAUGAGAAGAGUGUGAGUAAGGGGAAGGGGAGGGGCAAGGGCGCGGUGAGUCGGCUCAAUGCACGAAUGGGCGAGAAGGGGAGGGUGUAUGGCGAUGGCAAGGAGUUUUGGGAGGGGUUGUUUGGGGUUGGGGUUGAGGAGUUGUGGGCGGAGUAUGUUGAUAGUUGGAAGGAGAAGGGUGAUGAGGGUGAUGAGAACAAGGAGGGCGAGGCGACGAAGACAUGUGACGCUGAAGCACAAGGCACUCCUAGCGCGACAGCGGCUGCGACAACGACGAAGACGACUACCACAGAGACGACAGAGACAACGACAAAGACCACAACAACAACGACCACGACUGAAGAGCUGGCAGACACAACAUCCUCACCGGGAAGGCCGAGCAGGGCCGGCUCUGUGCCCGAGAUCGUGGAGUUGAGUCUUGAAGAGAAGAGGGAAGCUGAUGGCGCAGGCAGCGGCAACUGA